UAUUUAAGUUCCAGAACAGCCCACAGUUAAGACUGUUGUGCCGAUCGUAAUUAUUAAUAGCAUCCUCUUAGGGUCUCAAAGCUAUUUAGGUCGGACAAUAAAUUAUAUGGUCAUCCUAUCUCUAAGGAUCUGUGAUUUUCAAUGGCUCUGAGAUCCUAACCACGGGCAUUAGGACCUUGGAAAGGUUUUGUGAUGACAUCACCUCUAGAAAACUAAAAGCCACCUGCCUCCAGGGAACUGGAGACAGUGCAGGAAACCUCAGCACUUCACACAGACGCCCAGCUCCCAAGUGGUAAAUCACUCUUUCCACCGGGUCCCCAUAGCGCGCGGCGGAGAAACACUGGGAGGGUACGGCUGCGGUGGCGGAAAGAGCCAGCAGUCCCACCCCCCUCCGCCCGCCACUCUCAGCAUGGCUGCCCCUGUGGAAGUGGGGGAGGGAGCGUCCCACCUCUCGCAGGCCCCAGAGGGGCGGGCCCCGGAAACCAAGAAGCUUCAGCCGACCAAUGGGGAGAGUAUACAUUCGAUAUCUGGGGCUUGGAUAGCAGCAACACAAAGGAUUCUUCCUACACCAUAAGAAAAGCUUUUCUAAUGUCAAGUAAUGGAGCAAGCUAUAGAAGGAGGGGGAAGAAGAUAGCCUCCCAGUGUCCAAGUAUUGCUGUGUCCCUGUGCUGGAGGAGCUUUGUGCAGCAGAUGCUGUGUCUGAGGAACGAUACCAUUUUUAAGCCAGCCUUUUCUCUCUUAAGGGUCAGCACUUCAAGAGAAAAUCCCAUCUGUUCUGCAGGUGGCAUUCUGAUGGGUACCAGUCGGCACUACAAGACAAAGCCUACCCAUGGCAUUGGAAGAUACAAGCACCUAGUUAAAGCUCAGGAGCCCAAGAAGAAGAAAGGAAAAGUGGAAGUUAGACCCAUUAAUUUGGGGACAGAUUAUGAAUAUGGGAUUUUAAACAUUCACUUGACUGCAUAUGACAUGGCCGUGGCAGAGAGUUAUGCCCAAUAUGUUCACAACCUCUGCAACCAUCUAUCCAUUAAAGUUGAGGAAAGUUAUGCUAUGCCCACCAAAACCAUGGAGGUGUUGCGGCUGCAGGACCAAGGCAGCAAAAUGCUCCUGGACUCAGUUCUUACCACGCAUGAGCGAGUGGUUCAGAUCAGUGGUUUGAAUGCUACAUUUGCAGAGAUUUUUUUGGAAAUAAUCCAAAGCAAUCUUCCUGAAGGAGUCAGAUUGUCAGUGAAGGAGCACUCUGAAGAAGACUUCAAGGGCAGGUUCAAAGCUCGGCCAGAACUGGAAGAACUGUUGGCCAAGUUGAACUAGCUCAUUGCAGACCCUUUCAUGUCAGGCUUGGUGAUAUUGAGUGCCAAACGGAAGAUCUUCCUGAGUGGUGAAAGUUAAGCAGAAGACCCUGACCUUUAGAUAUCAUAACUACCCAUCCCUAUGAGCCAGGAAUGCCUCCUCUCUUGUAUGGAGAAGUGCUUGCCAAUUGUCACCACUUUCCUUUGAGCCAACCUAAGACAUCCUCCAUCUAAUAAAAAUCUGCAGCUGA